AGUUACUCUUUUCUACGAUGUGUAAACACUUAGUCCUCUUCUCUUCUCUCUCUCCUCUCUUGGAGCUACUAUACACUCUUGAGUCUUGACAAGUGUGUUUUUGUGUAUUGUCUCUCUAUCAUCUCCCAAAGUAGAAAAGCUAGAAAACAAUAAAAAGGAAAAAAAGAUCUCUUCCACUUAUAUAUCUCCCCUUCUAUAAUCUUCUAUAAGCAUCAAAUAAACUUCACUUCUCUCUCUCUCUUUGCCUCACCAUUUCUGCUCACAAGUGUUUGUUAGAUUUGAUCUGAAAAAGAUGAAUCUAUACCUUUUAUAGUAUCAAUCUCAUCAUCACAACCAGCUAAGUUUCUCUCUCUUUCUCACUUUUUCUCCAUUUGCUGCAAUUAUUGAUCUUAGCUCAAGAUCUACAAAAAAAGAACCCUAAUCUCUCUUUGAUCCAUAUAAAAUUAAAGAAGAAAAACAAAACCCUAAAUCAAGAUUCAAUCUUCUUCAACUAUCCUCUUCUCUCCGGCUAGACAUCUGCUUUGGCUUCACCGGCUGCUUUUUCCAAAAUCAAGAACAAGAAAAAGCCAUGGAUUUGAUCUCUCACCAACCAAACAAGAACCCUAAUUCCUCAACACAACUAACACCACCUUCCUCAAGCCGGUACGAGAACCAAAAACGCCGUGACUGGAACACUUUCUGUCAAUACCUCCGGAACCACCGUCCUCCGCUCUCUCUCCCCUCGUGUAGCGGCGCACACGUGCUCGAGUUCCUCCGCUACCUUGACCAGUUCGGGAAAACAAAAGUUCACCACCAGAACUGUGCCUUCUUUGGCCUCCCUAACCCUCCUGCUCCUUGUCCUUGUCCUCUCCGGCAAGCUUGGGGCUCACUCGACGCUCUUAUCGGCCGCCUCCGCGCCGCCUACGAGGAGAACGGUGGCCCACCUGAAGCUAACCCAUUUGGCUCACGCGCCGUCAGGUUAUUCCUCCGUGAAGUCAGAGACUUUCAAGCCAAAGCUCGAGGUGUUAGCUAUGAGAAGAAGAGGAAGAGAGUCAACAGGCAGAAACCGCAAACGCAGCCGCCUCUACAGCUUCAGCAACAGCAACAGCAGCCACAACAAGGUCAGUCUAUGAUGGCUAAUUACUCGGGUGCAACAGUAUGAUCAUAUUUAUAUAAUUUCCCCUUUUCUAUAUGUAUUGUCUCUUAUUUGCUUUCUCUAAGAUAUUAAUGUAAAACCUUCUUUUACAUUAUCUACUGAUGCUUUUGUUUCUGUACUAGUUGUUUAUGAAUAAGAAAAACUACGAUUAUUUACGAU